UGGGAUAGAACCAAAACUCUUUGGCCGUCAGAGGGAGUCGAGUUUCUUAUUUCGGCAGCGCAUUGGGUUUUGGUGUCAAUAGACCCUGCAACGUUUUCUUAGGUGUGGAGUUCGUCUUUGGCACUCGUUGCGAAGAAAGUCUGAAAGAGUGUUUCACCGAGAGUGCAACUUAAGUGGAAGAAGAAAAACUUUCUCUGCGACUACGGACACUGCGCUGCAAGCAGGACAGGUUGAUGCCUGUUUUCUUUAAAAGCGACAAAUCCUCCAAUUAUCUGGAUUAAGGGUCAAAGGAUAACCAGCUCGCUCAACUAGGCCUAUACCAUUUGAAAAGUCGAGUGUAAAAUGUUGUGGAAAUUAGCGGAUAACGUGAAGUACGAGGAGGACUGUGAGGAAAGGCACGAUGGCAGCAGUAACGGGAACCCGAGGUUACCACACCUGCCAGCCGUGAGCCAGCACCUCUACAGCCCGGCACCAUCUCUGUCUCAUUCGGGCAGCUCCGACUUCCAGCCUCCCUACUUCCCACCGCCGUAUCAACCUCUGUCGUACCCCCAGUCCAGCGAUCCCUAUUCCCACAUUAGCGACCCUUUCAACAUCAACUCUAUACACCAGUCGCCAACAUCCACACAGCAGCAGUCAUGGCCGGGUCGUCAGAGCCAAGAGCUUGGACCUCGUGGCGGCCUCGCCAGUCAGAUACUGGGCUUGGAGGGCGGCUCGUCAGGAGUGAGGAGAGAAGGCUUUCGGCGACCCGAAUUAAUACCACCACACGUGCAAGGCAUCGACUCCGGCGUCAUCGGAGAGAACAUGGGACUACACGACAUUGGCCAUGGGUUAGACGAUGUUCAGCACGUGGAUGAUCACAGUAUUGUAAUGGCAGACCAAACAGUCAUCAAAAAAGUAUUAGGACUAAGAAGUGGCAGGAACCAUGAUCGCUUUCAGAAGACAUAUUUUGAGGGUGGCUUUCUUGCGGGCCCGGUGUCUCUUCCCAAGGGGAACGCGCUGGGUCUUCCCUUCCAGAAGGAGCCCCUGCUGGGCAUGGUCUCCAACCCCACGGAGGUCUUCUGCUCGGUGCCCGGCCGCCUCUCGCUGCUCAGCUCCACCUCCAAGUACAAGGUGACGGUGGCCGAGGUGCAGCGCCGUCUGUCCCCUCCCGAGUGUCUCAACGCCUCUCUCCUGGGUGGCGUGCUUCGCAGGGCUAAAUCAAAGAACGGUGGCAGGUCCUUGAGAGAGAAGCUGGACAAGAUUGGGUUGAACCUACCUGCGGGACGGAGAAAGGCCGCUAAUGUGACUUUACUGACUGCACUAGUAGAAGGAGAGGCUGUCCACCUGGCCAGGGACUUUGGUUAUGUAUGCGAGACAGAGUUUCCGGCCAAAGCAGUGGCCGAGUACCUCGGGCGGCCGCACGUAGAACGCAAUGAGAUCAACUCCCGCAAGAACAUGCUCCUGGCAGCCAAGCAAAUCUGUAAGGAGUUUACGGACCUGCUGAGCGGGGACCGCUCCCCACUUGGCAACUCUCGGCCAGCGCCCAUCCUGGAGCCGGGCAUCCAGGGCUGCCUCACCCACUUCAGCCUCAUCACGCACGGCUUCGGCUCGCCCGCCAUCUGCGCCGCCAUGACCUCCCUGCAGAACUACCUGAAUGAGGCGCUCAAGCAGGUGGACAAGAUGUACCUGAGUUCGGGCGGCGGGGGCGACGCGCAAGGCUCCGCCGAGGGCGGCAGCAAGAGCUCAGAAAAGAUGGAGAAGCACAGGAAGUGAGGUUGCUCUCGUACACCUCCCGUCCCCCGCUUUCCUUACGCCACCACAGCUCUCAUUAUCCCCAUACAUACACAGAAGCACGUAGGCGCAGGCACACACACACACACACACACACACACACACACACACACACACACACACACACACACACACACACACACACACACACACACACACACACACACACACACACACACACACACAUUCCGAACCCCACAGCCCUUGCUAUCCCCAUAAAGACACUCACACACACACACACGACUCCCCCCCCCACCCCCACCCAAACUGGACAGGAAACAGACUGUCUCUCCAGCUCUUAUUCAGCAUCUUUAACUGCAUAUACUUGUUUCGUGUUUUGUCGUUUGUCAUUUCCUAUUUCAAAGUUGUUCCACUUUGUCACACGCCUCCGCUCUGUCUUUUUUUUUUUCAAUUUUAUUUUUCAGUCCUUUCAGCCGAUCAGUGUGGUCUCACUAAAGAUCGCUGGGUUCCACGUGUGCGAGUGGUCGGCAGAUUUUUUUAUGCAACAACAAUAGUGGCCUUUGGGCAGUCUUUUUGGCAGAGGACAGCGCAGGCUUCUUUUUUAUCCACCCAAGGACAUCAUUUCAAGAUGGCUGGCUGCGAGUGUGAACUCUCUCAUACUUUGUGUGUGUGCGUGUGCGUGUGUGUGUUUGUGUGUGUUUCCUGGAGGUGGAAGGCAUGUAAUCUCCCCUAUUUUUCCUCAAAGGUGCUGAUUCCGUUAUAGACACUCGAGGACCAAUGCUGUGUGUUUUUUUUUCUAGAAAGGACAUAACGUUAAGUUGUGUGUUCUUUGGUUGUAUUUUCAAACCUCGUCACGGGCAACAGUGUUAUUGUGUUAUUGGACCAUGGGAGUGGUACACGUUGUAUUAUGUCAGAGUAAAAUGUUUGCUUGAGUGUGAAUGAAUUCCUAAAUGUGUUAAAAGUAGCUGAAAGGUUUACUAAAAUAAAAAUAAAUGUGUAUUUUUGGGCAGUUAUGGGAAGAGAAACUGGACAAAUGGAUUUUGGAUUAUUGGCCGUCAGAAAGUGUAGCCAGAGAAUAUCCCAAAACAUAAAAAGUAUGCUUGAGUGAUAAUAUAAAUCAUUGGAAAGAGAUGUGUUGUAUGCAUGUUUAUCUCUGUAUAUACAUUUGUACAUAUGUCUUUUCAAAGGAGUGCUUUUAAUUAGAAAUACAGCUCAAACUGAGGAUUUUUCACUUACCUUGCCCUGAAUGUAAAUAUUUUCUAAUUUAUGUAGUAAUUUAAUGUGAUCUGUAAAUAUUGGAACAAUGCUGGUGUAAGGUUUAACUUUUUAAAAUGUGUUAAACUUUUGUAAAUGGCUUAGUUUUUUACCCUUUAGUGGUUAGAUAAUGGGACUAAUGUGCUUCCCAUGUAUGUGUAAACUUUCAAAGGUACCGGGGCAAAAAAAGAAUAAAAAACUUGAUGCUGUUUCUAAUUCCAUUUGUGAACAUUCUUGCCAUUCUUUUCAUUGUGUGCUCAGCACUGUGACAGAUCUGUUUGCUUCGACAGCGAUACAGAACUUUUUGUCAGGAUUGCAGAGUUAAGCUCAAAGCCUGUUGGGGUUGUCAUCUUUACAAGUCGCAGCCGGUAAUGGGCAAUGCAUGAUAUAUGACUCAGAUCUAUUUUCUUUUGGGAAAUUCUUAAAGUAACCUCAAAAAUCUAUUGGUCUACCUCUUUGUCACAUCAUUAUUUUACCUUACGUAUGGCUACUAUAUUUUGUUAGUUUGUGUCAAAGUAUGAUUUUAAAAUAAUAAGUAGGUGAUAAAUGAAUCUGCACUGCACAAAUGGCUGUAACUUUAGGUCUAACUAAACUAUAGCAAGCGUAUGUAAGCUAAGUAUUGACUUAUAGUAAAACCAGUGUCAGCCAAACUGAUUGAGAUUACUGUGUUUUUUCAGAGAGAUGUAAAGGAGAUGUAAAAUGUCUUAGGCUCUUUCCUCUCUAUCUUUAUUUACAAGAAAAAAAGCUCAGGGCCCUUUUGCAUUUUCCACACUC